GAAGAAAAAGAACCUCCACAGGUCUCUUCCUCUUCUCUCUGCGCCCGUCAAAUUCCAAACACUAAAACUUCAAUUCCACCCCCAAAUCGAAGAGAACAAUGACCAUGAAAGAGGAGCAACAAAGUCCCAAGAAGACGAUCCCACCGUACAUGAAAGCCAUAUCGGGCUCGCUCGGCGGGGUCGUGGAGGCUUGUUGUCUACAGCCCAUCGACGUCAUCAAGACCAGGCUACAGCUCGACCGGUCCGGGACCUACAAGGGCAUCAUCCACUGCGGCUCCACGAUCUCGCGCUCAGAGGGCGUGCGGGCUCUCUGGAAGGGGUUGACCCCCUUUGCGACGCAUUUGACACUCAAGUACACUCUUCGGAUGUGGUCCAAUGCGAUGCUCCAGAGUGCGUUUAAGGACUCCGCAACUGGGAAGCUCAGCAACCAAGCGCGCUUGCUCUCCGGAUUCGGUGCCGGGGUUCUAGAGGCUCUUGUGAUCGUUACGCCAUUUGAGGUGGUCAAGAUCAGAUUGCAGCAGCAGAGAGGUUUGAGCCCUGAGCUUCUGAAGUAUAAGGGUCCUGUGCACUGUGCUCGCAUGAUCAUUCGAGAAGAAGGUCUCCGUGGUCUCUGGGCAGGGGCUGCUCCGACUGUGAUGCGUAAUGGGACAAACCAGGCUGCCAUGUUUACAGCCAAAAAUGCUUUUGAUGUCCUCUUGUGGAAGAAACAUGAAGGUGAUGGGAAAGUCCUCCAACCAUGGCAGUCUAUGAUAUCGGGAUUUCUUGCUGGUACCGCAGGUCCCGUGUGUACUGGACCCUUCGAUGUCGUGAAAACAAGGUUGAUGGCUCAGACCCGGGAGGGGGGUGUGUUGAAGUACAAAGGUAUGAUCCAUGCCAUAAGAACAAUAUACGCGGAGGAAGGGCUUCGUGCCUUGUGGAAAGGACUUCUGCCCCGGCUCAUGAGGAUUCCGCCUGGCCAAGCCAUAAUGUGGGCUGUGGCUGACCAAGUGACUGGUUUGUAUGAGAGGAGAUAUCUUCGUAGUGCACCCUUGUAGGAAUCAUUCAGAUUGUUUUGCUUGUACUGGUUUUCAGUUUUGUUGCAAGCGUAAAGUGGACAACUUGUUUUCACAUUGAACGUACACCAUUGUCUAUGAUUGUAUCGAUAAUUUGGAGGCGCAAGAAAGAGGCGGAGGGCAGAUGGAGCGGGAAUCACUAAUCUUGCCCACAAUGGAUAUUUCAGCACUUUCAUAUUUGCCUUCUUUGGAGGUAAAAUAGUCAGCUGCUAUUUCACAUGCUCUGUUGUUUAGAAAUCAUUUAACAUUGUUGAAUCAGGCACCCUUUGUUA